CCCCCUCCUCUGCACCUGUGAAACCCUUCCAUACUUACCCCUCUCGCGGCCGAUGGGCCUCCCCCGCAGCUUCAAGCUCUUCCGCACCACCAUGAGCGGAGAAAAGAUCUACGAAGGCGUGUUCGCCGUCCACAAACCCCAAGGCGUCAGCUCCGCCGACGUGAUCCGCACGUUGCAGAAACACUUCAACCCGUCGCAGCUCUUCCGGCCGUGGCUGGAGAGCGAGCGCGCGCGGCGCGACCGGGAGAGCCAGCACCAGCGGCGCCGGCGGCGGACGCAGCGGCUGGACGUGAAGAUCGGGCACGGGGGCACGCUGGACCCGCUGGCGACGGGGGUGCUGGUGGCGGGCGUGGGGAAAGGGACCAAGUACCUGAACAACUUCCUGGGGUGCACGAAGACGUACGAGACGGUGGUGUUGUUCGGCGCGGAGACGGACACGUACGACGUUUUGGGGAAGGUGGUGCGGCGCGCGCCCUACGAGCACGUCACGCGCGAGGCCGUCGAGCGCGCCCUCGACCAGUUCCGGGGGAAGAUCAUGCAGCGCCCCCCUAUCUUCAGUGCGCUACGCGUGCAGGGUAAGCGGUUGUAUGAGUACGCGCGCGAGGGGCUGGAGCCGCCGGUCGAGAUUAAGGCGCGGCCCGUCGAGGUGACGGAUCUCAGGGUUGUGGAGUGGUACGAGCCUGGGACGCAUGAGUACAAGUGGCCGGAGGAAGAGGCGAUGGGGGAGGAGAGGGAGGUUGCCGAGCGGAUGUUGAGGAAGGAGGAUGCUUUGCCGGUUGCGGAGGCUGCUGGCGAGGAGACAGAGGCGGAGGGUUCUGCCUCGGGGAAGCGGAAGGCUGAGGCCUCGCCUCCUCCUCCUCCUCCUGCUGCUGCUGCAGCAGAGGAGAGCUCGAAGGUGGAGGAGGGAAGUGGCCUCGCGGUUGCGGCGGAAGAGUCCGUGGACGCCCCCGCUGCCAAGAAAGUCAAGGUGUCUGAGGACGGGGAGAGCGUUCCUGCACAGUCUGAGGAGGCUCUGGCCCCGGCCCCGGCGGCGGAGUCGGCAAGCGCCCCGGAAACUACCGAGAAGAAGGAGGAAGCGCCCGUUCGCCCCCAGCCCGCGGCGGUGAAGAUCACCAUGACCGUCUCGUCCGGCUUCUAUGUUCGCUCAUUGGCGCAUGAUCUGGGCAAGGCUGUCGGCAGCUGUGGACUCAUGAGCUCCCUGGUCCGCUCUCGCCAGGCCGACUUCGUUCUGGAGCCCGAGAAGGUGCUCGAGUACAAGGAUCUCGAGGCCGGCGAGGAGGUCUGGGGACCCAAGGUGCAGCAGUUCCUGCAAGACUGGGAGGACAAGAGAGCCGCUCAAAAUGAGGCCGAGGAAAAAUAAAUUAAUUCGUUAUAUCUGUGAUCCGGGUUGGGCGUUACAAUGAAAUGGGUGGAUGAUUUCCUUCAAUUCUAAACCUCAAUUGUGUUGGAGAUAAUACAUGCUGUAGAAAGCAGGACUAAACGUCCAUGGCCGAGAGGAUACCAGUGCUAGGACAGCCACAUGCUGCCCGGACCUCCGACCUGGGCAACCAGAAUCAUACAAUUCCACAUUC